GGGAUAAUGACGGUGAAAGCACAUAUUCUCUCCGAUCUUAUAUAUAAGUAAAUUUUUAUUUUUUAAAUUUAUUUAAUUAUUACCGUAUCUGAUUCAUAAUAUAAACCAAAUACAUUAAUAAUUGAAUGAACCAAGAAAAUAAAAAAUUUCUUAUAUAUGAGAUCGGAGGAAGUAUAACAAUGAUGGUUUUUGUUUUUUUAUUUAUAUUUGGACGUCAAAAUAUUAUGUUAAAUCCAAGGGAGUGUUAUGUGUUUUUUAUGUACUAAAAUUUUUAUGUUAUCGCAACUACGAUCGGGAGGGGCUAGAACUACUAGAUGUCAGAAUUGACUCCCGAAUUAAAUUGGACUGUCCAGUGGGCCGGAUACUGGUGGUGAAAAAGAAAAAUAUAUGUUAUGUAUUAAAAUAUGUUAGCAUAUUAAGAAAAAGAGCUUGGACAACUAAUUAUGUUUUCGAAAUUGAAUGAGACCUAAGAGAUACCUUAGUCAGUAAAAGUAUUUCUCCAUGUAACCAAUCUAUAUUUAUAUCCAUUGGUUUUCCUCACACUUCACAAGUAAAAGAGAAAGCUUUAUCACAAUUCUCUAUUAUAUCAUUUUUCUCUUAGUUGAGAUAAGUCCAUUUAACAGAACCAAAAUGACCAAUUAUAUUCCCAAAAUAUUUUAUGCAUUGUUGUUUCUUUUAUUGCUUAACUCAGAAUCCACUCUCCAAUUCAAAAAUGUAACAACUGAAAGUGCAGAAUCAAAGUGCAGAGAGUGGGAGAAACAAGCACUCCUCAAGUUCAAACAAAGCAUCUAUGAUAACUUUGACUUCUUGUCUACAUGGAGGGACGACGAGAAAGAUGGAGACUGCUGUAAAUGGAAAGGAAUUGAGUGCAACAAUGAAACAGGCCAUGUGAAGAAACUUGAUCUUCGUGGUGAUUAUAUACAAUACAUGGUAGGUGUGAUCGAUUUCACUUCAUUGAUUGCCUUGGAAAAUAUGGAAUAUUUAGACCUCAGCUAUAAUAAUUUUCGUGGAAGCCAGAUUUCAGAACACAUAGGCUCACUUACCAAGUUAAGAUAUCUCAAUCUCUCAUAUCGUGUUGUUAGUGGGAGGAUUCCUUAUCAAAUUGGAAAUCUUUUAGAGCUAGAGUAUCUAGAUCUAAGUGAGAACAAUAUUGAUGGAAAUAUCCCUUGUGAACUUAGAAACCUUUCGCGACUGCAGUAUCUUAAUCUUGAUGGAACAAGUCUAGAUGGAAAACUCCCCUUUCUCACGGGAAAUCUUCCAAUGUUGCAAACUCUUAAACUUGGUGGCCAAUUUGAUAUCACAUAUGAUGAUACAAAGUGGUUGUCUACACUCACUUCGUUAACAAAACUUGUCUUGAGAGAAUCUCUUCCUUUUGGCUCGUCACAUCAUUUGCUCCAAGCAAUUAGGAAGAUUAUUUCGAACUUAAGAGAGUUGAGGUUAGUUGGUUUUGGUCUUAUGGAUAAUGAUGUUUCAAAUUUGUUUCAUUCUCAUUCCAACUAUUCCACUUUUCCUACCAUCCUUGAUUUCUCUGGCAAUAUGUUGACAUCCUCAACCUUUCAAUUCUUGUCAAAUCUUAGUCUUAAUCUUCAAGAGCUUUAUCUUUCUGAAAACAAUAUUGUUUUUUCAUCUCAUCUCUAUCCAAACAUUCCUUCUCUUGUCAUCCUUGACCUCUCAUACAAUAAUCUAACAUCAUUCCAGUUUAUAGGUAACUUCAACUUUAGCUCCAAAUUGCAAGAGCUUUAUCUAACAAAUUGCAGCCUGACAGAUAAAAGUUUUAUUGUGUCAUCUAUUCCCACAUCAAACUCUUCAUCUUCCCUUCUCAUCCUUGAUCUCUCCUCAAAUUCGUUGAGAUCAUCAAAAGUAUUUUUCUGGAUUUUUAACUUUACCACUAAUCUUCAGAUACUUUAUCUUUCUGGUAACUCGUUAGAAGGUCACAUCCUAGAUGGAUUUGGAAAUGUAUUGAAAUCUCUUGAAUACAUUGACCUUUCUUCUAACCAUCUACAAGGAGAGAUCCCAUCUUUCUUUGGGAAUAUGUGUACGUUGCACACUUUAUACCUCUCACAUAACAACUUCAGUGGUGAAAUUUCUAACUUCAUUCAAACUUCUUCAUGGUGCAACAAACAUAUAUUGUCUCGACUGGAUUUAUCAUAUAAUCGAAUAACUGGCAUUCUACCUAAAACCAUCAGCUUGCUAUCUAAUUUGGAGUAUCUGAACUUGGAUGAAAAUUCUUUGGAAGGUCACAUCAAUGAAUCACAUCUCAGUAAUUUUUCAAAGUUGAAAAGUUUAGACUUAUCAUACAACUCACUUUCCCUAACAUUUCCAAGUAGUUGGGUACCUCCUUUCCAACUAUCAGCUUUGAGUUUGGCAUCUUGCAAGUUGGGUUCAAGCUUUCCUAGUUGGAUCGAAACUCAAAGAUCCCUAUCAUGGUUUGAUAUUUCUAAUGCAGGGAUUAAUGACUAUGUACCAGAAUGGAUUUGGAACAACAAAAAAUAUUUGAGAAUCAUGAAUAUGUCUCACAACAAUCUCAAAGGUACAAUUCCAAAUUUUUCAAUCAAGCUUCCUCAAAAUGCAUAUAUAAUUUUGAAUUCAAAUCAAUUAGAGGGUCCAGUUCCAUCCUUUUUGCGUCAAGCUAAAUAUCUAGACCUCUUUGAAAACAAGUUUUCAACUUUAUUUACAUUUUUAUGUGAUAAAAGCCCAUCAGCAACACCCUUGGCCGUUUUACAUUUAUCAAACAAUCAAAUAAAGGGACAACUUCCAGAUUGUUGGAAAUCUGUAAACAACUUAAUGGUUCUUGAUUUGUCAAAUAAUAAUCUUAGGGGUAAGAUUCCACAGACCAUGGGCACCCUUGUUAAAUUGGAAACUUUGGUUUUAAAACAGAAUAGUUUGAAUGGUGAUUUUCCUUCCACUUUGAAGAAUUGCAGCAAUUUAAGGACGUUCAAUGUGGGUGAAAAUUUGUUGUCUGGCCAUAUUCCAUCAUGGAUAGGAGAAAACAUGCAGCAAUUGAUAAUCUUGAGCUUGUCAGGGAAUCGGUUUUCUGGAAGCAUUCCCAUCCACCUAUGUUAUUUACAGAAGAUUCAAAUUUUGGAUCUUUCAAGAAAUAACUUAUCAGAAGAAAUUCCCAAGUGCUUAAGAAAUUUUACUGCAUUGUCUAAAAAGACCAUCAAUACUAGUGAAACUGAAAGUGUUAGCACGGAUUUUCUGCCUAUAAUAACUUUAUAUUGGAAAGGUGUGGAGCGUGAGUUCCAGAAUCCAGAGUGGAGACUUUUAAGCAUUGAUCUUUCAAGUAAUAACUUAACAGGUGAAAUACCAAAAGAGAUAGGGAAUUUGAUUGGAUUAGUCUCUUUGAAUUUAUCACGCAACAAUUUGAGUGGAGAAAUUCCAUCUGAAACUGGAAAUCUAGUUUCACUUGAAUACCUUGAUUUGUCGAGAAACCAUUUCUCCGGAAAAAUUCCUCAAACUAUUACUCAAAUUGACAGCCUUGGAGAUAUAGACUUGUCAAACAAUUUUCUUAGCGGAAGAAUCCCUUUUGGAAGACAUUUGGAAACCUUAGGCUCUAAAGGUUUUGAAGGAAAUCUCAAUCUUUGUGGUGAACCACUUGCCAAAAAAUGUCCUGAAGACAUGAUAUCAGUAAAUCCUAAACAACAAAAAGUUCAUGGUGAAGAUGACAAUUCUGUUUUCCAUCAAGGAUUUUACUUGAGCUUGGGGCUAGGAUAUUUCACAGGUUUCUGGGGCUUAAUGGGGCCAAUACUAAUUUGGCGACCUUGGAGAAUUGUAUAUCUAAGGUUCUUGAACAAAGUGAUUGACUAUAUAUAUGUAUUCGUGGCAGUCAAAGUGGCAAGGUUCAAAAAUUGGCUCAAAGACUAGCAGUUUACUACAUCCUUGUAGCAAGCAUUGUGAGAUGCUGGAAAGGGAAUAGUAUAUGUUUGCUGUAUUGGAGUUCAAAAGAAUAAGAUCUCAAUGUAAUGACAAACAAAAUCAUUGUUCCAUAAAGCUAGCUUGUUCAAUUCAAUGUUUUGUUAUUUUGUAGUUUCGAUGUAAUGUUUGUUUGCAAUAUUAUUAUGUUCAAUUUGAAUGGUUUAA